AAUUGCGGCUUUUCGCGAGUACGAGUGAGCACGUGGGUAAGCACUCUGGGUAAUCAAUACUCUCUACAAGCAGGUGCAUUAUGAAUAUGCGGACUUUCCCGAUCGAGUGACGUGAGCGCUCUCUCUUCUAGUUAUACUCUUAGGCAACAUAAUCUCUCCAGUAUUAUAUCGACAGUCCAGCCAAGCCAAGCCAAGGUCCGACAAGUAAAAUGCCUUCUUUUCGAAAACCUGAUUGUGGUCACACAACAUUAAAGGUGCUUGUGGUGAUUUACAACAUCUUCUUUUGGCUUGUGGGAACCACGUUACUGGCCGUUGGAAUCUAUGCUGAGAUUGAGAAGCGGAAUUACGAAGCUGUGAGCGAUGUCCUCCUUAACCCUGCAAUCGUUCUCCUUGUCAUCGGCUGCUUCAUGUUUGUCCUUACAUUCAUAGGAGGUGUGGGGGCGCUUCGAGAGAACAUCACACUUCUUAAAAUUUUUGGAUGGACCAUCUCCAUUGUCUUCCUGCUUCAAUUGAUUGCAGCAAUCCUUGCUAUUGUAUUUAAAACAAAGGCAAAAGAAUUGGUGAGUUCUGGAUUCAGCAGUGCUUUAGAAAACUACUACGAUGAUCCUGAUAUCCACUUUGCCGUCGAUACUGUCCAACAGAAGCUGGAGUGCUGCGGAGGAUUUGACUUCAACGACUGGGAAAACAAUAUGUACUUUGCUUGCCAAGGUCGAGCAAGCUGUGGGGUGCCGUUCUCUUGCUGCGUGACAACAAAGGAAGACACGGUUGUGAACACGCAAUGUGGAGUGGACGUCCGUCGUGGAGAUCCCCAGCCCUACGCAGUCGAUCAUUUGAUUUACGUGAGGGGGUGCACCGAUGCCUUGCUAGUCUGGUUUCAAGACCACCUUGAUAUAUUUAUAGGACUGACGUUGGGAGUGUGUCUGCCCCAGCUUAUCGGCUGCCUUCUGACGUGGCUCUUCAUCGGGAAGAUCAGGGAGGCUCAAGAUCAGUAUGACUAUCAUCAAGCGCCAACCUCCUCGGAUAAAAAUUAAGAACGAUCCGAAAUACAGUUCAUACCAAGUUAUAGCAGUAUUCAUUGGCACAGACUAGAGUUGCUGCCACAAUCUCCCGCUGAUGGCAAUGAUUAAAGGGGCUUAAACGUUUGGUAAGGUAUCCUACUGGUUAUUUUUUUUCAUGAAUCCUAAUUUCAAGUUUAUAGUAUAAUAUGUGUUGUAUUUCAAAGUGUCAUGCUAAGAUAGUAACAUGGGUUACAAUCUUACCUGAAAAAAGAGCCUGAAACAGACUUAAAAGCCUUCACAUGAUGUUUUAUAUACAUUUA